UUUCUGUUGGCGCAAAAUCCAAAGAGCAGAAGAAGAGUGGCGUUGUGCCUUGGGGUUUGGUGCGUGCGUGUUUGAGGAUUGUGCUCGUGCAACAGCAGAAGCAGCGGCGUGCUUUGACCACCGCCUGACUGGCUGUGGUGGAGAGAAGGCGGCGAGCUCAACUGCACGUGCGUGCUGCAGCCACGACCUGAAAGUGCGCAACACACUGCAGUGAACAAGCAUCCUCCCAACUCAACUAGACAAGCAUCGCGUACAAGGCCAACGCGCGAGGUCGACGUCAAGACACACACACACACACACACACACACACACACACACACACACACACACACACACACACACACACUAUGGCAAAAGUAAACGUGGUCUGCCAUGUUCACAAGGAGGACGGCAUUCACUCGGCCGAGCUUGCGUUGGACUUUCCCCUCACCUUUGAUACGUUCAUGGAGAUGCUCCGACACGUCUUCGACGCAGACUUUGACCAAUUCCUUUAUGCCGAUGAAGAGGAUUACUGCACUGUGACAAGCCAAGCAGACGUGGAUCAAAUGACACAAUGGUGGUUGAGGCAGGGAAGCGACAGCAAAGCGUUGAUCAUUCACGCCGUUCCGCAGUAUCAACGGCCUGGGCUGUACGUACAGGUGAAUCCAGAGACAGGCCAGGCGACGGAACUGGACGCGCCAGUCAGGCACGCGGUGGACGAGCAAUCAACAGAGAUUCAGCCAAGCGACGUCACGGGUUUCCAGCUCAUUGGUCGUGGGGCAGCGGGCUCCGUUUACAGAGCGCGGCACGUCCCGACCAAUGCCAUCAUGGCGGUGAAGGUGAUUGACUUUGACGUGAGUCCCGCUGUACAACAGCGCAUCGUCACGGAACUCGACAUUCUCCACAAGUGCCGCUCCCCACACAUCAUCACAUACUUUGGGACGUAUUUUGGCGAUAACGGCAUCCACAUCUGCACAGAAUACAUGGAUGGUGGGUCGUUAGAUCGGCACGGCAUCAUCAGCGAGCCCGUGCUGGCGGUGAUCACGCGCUCUGUGCUGGACGGUCUGUCCUAUCUGUCAAAGGUGAAGGUGAUGCAUCGCGACGUGAAGCCCUCCAACAUCCUCGUGAACCGACAAGGGCACAUCAAGCUCUGUGAUUUCGGUGUGAGCCGGGAGUUGGAGCAAUCAGUGACCAGGACAUUUGUUGGCACAAAUGCAUACAUGGCACCGGAAAGAAUACAGCAUCAGCCAUACAAUGAGCGAUCAGAGACGUGGAGCCUUGGACUGACGUUGCAAGAGCUUGCCACGGGGACGUUUCCAUACUUGAUUCGAAGGAGUGGGCUGACCCCAAUUGAGCUGGUGCAAGUGAUUGUGAGCGAGCCCGCACCAGAGCUGCCAUCGGAGUUCUCGCAUGACUUUCGCGACUUUGUUCGAAGGUGCCUGAUCAAGGAGCCCGACCUGCGGCCCGCAGCACGGCACCUGCUGGACCACGAGUGGAUAACAUCCAUCCACGACGGCCACCACUCGGCAUUCUCCGCUUGGAUCCAUGGUAUUGACACCAGGCUCGGCGCCGCACACAUGUCCAUGGCGCAGUGAUGGCGACGGCGCGACCAAACACAACAACACGCCAUCACAUGCUGCACCCUCGCCAUUGCGUUACUCUCGCUGUCCUGGAACCGACCUUUCUUCCCCUGCCUCACUCUCCUUGUAUGUUCGAACUGUCUGACAAGAAGAGAGCAGGGUGUAUUAUUUGGCUGUGUACUGUGGUCUUGUUCUGUGGCACGUUGUUGUGUGAUGAUGGUUUGAAUGAAUUGUUCAGCAGAGACCCACAAACAUAACAGCAACUGAGC